ACCUCAACCUUCUCUCCUUGUCCAAAAUUUCCUGAAAUAUCUCCCCCUCUUUUUGCCCCUAAAAAAGCCUCCCCGGAGCCGCCCCUGCGGCCACCGGAUAAAUUUUCCGCCGAUUAUCCCAGUUUACAACUGGUGUCUGUAAAAAUUUCAGAAGUCUUACUUCAAAGGUUCUGAGAGUCAAAAAGGAAAAAAAAAAAAAGAGAGAGAGAGAGAGAGAGAAAAGAGGUCAAAGGCUUUUUUCUUCUUAAAUUCUUUGUUUCCGCGGAUGGGAUAUGUAUCCGAUUGUUGAUUUCCCUAGUUCUUUAAUCUUACACUACUGAAAAGCCCAUAAAACUGAUGGUAUGUUUCAAGCUGUACUAUUCCUCUACUGCUGCUGCUUGUACUCUCUCAAUCAUUCAUGAUCGCUUCAUCUGCAAGUUCUAAACUCUCACUCUCAAAGUUCCUUCAAAAGCCUUUUAUUUUAUUCACAGAAAAAUCCCAUUUCAGUGGAAUUUCGGAAAUGAUCAAAAACUAAGCCGUCUUUUUAAUUUCCUGCCAUAGCUUCUUCUCUCUUUAAUUAUUGAAAUAGUUCGCCACUCAUAAUUAACAUCGGGUUUCUAUCUGUAAUCAGAGCCCAGUUGUGCCUUCCCAAGAGAAGCCUUUUUUUUUUUUUUUUUUUGCUUUUUAAAUCCACCAAGACUUCCGCUUUACUCUCACUGCACUAUAUAUUAGCGAAUUAAAAAGGUAGCUUUUUUAGGGUUGGGGGACUCUUCUUCAAGCAAAAUUAAUUAAAAAAAGAAUCCAAUCUUUGACUACUUUGCAACAAUGGCUGAUUCUGACAACGAGUCCGGAGGAAACAGAGAUGGCAACAACCUCAGUGAAAGCUCUCCCAGAGAACAAGACAGGUUUCUUCCCAUAGCGAACGUCAGCAGAAUCAUGAAGAAAGCUUUGCCUGCAAAUGCAAAGAUAUCAAAAGAUGCUAAAGAAACAGUUCAAGAGUGUGUUUCUGAGUUCAUCAGCUUCAUCACCGGAGAAGCCUCUGACAAGUGUCAAAGGGAGAAGAGGAAGACCAUCAACGGUGAUGAUUUGUUGUGGGCCAUGACCACUCUGGGGUUUGAAGAUUAUGUGGAGCCCUUGAAGAUUUAUUUGCAGAGGUUUAGGGACAUGGAAGGGGAGAAGAGUGCCAUGGCCGGACGGCAGGAGAAAGAAGGCGGCGGGGGGAAUGGCAGCGUUGUGAAUAUGGGGAAUUCUGGGGGAAGUUAUGUAGGGGAGGGUGGCGGUGGGAUGUAUGGGGGUGCAACCGGGCUCAUGAUGGGGACAGCGCAUCAGCAGCAGCAUCAUCAUCAGGGGCACGUGUACGGCUCUGGGGUUUACAAUCAGAUGCCUGGUGGGGGGCCCGGAAAGGUUGGAUCGGGUUACCUGGGAUCCGGUUCAUCUGCCCCAGGAAGGCCAAGGUAGGCAAUAUACUGUAGCAGAUUGCCAUUGCCUUGCCGGGAAUGAUUGACAAAUAGUAGUAGCAGCUGAAAUGAAAUUGGGAAUGUUUUAAUAUUUUCUAUAUAUGUUCAAAAUGGAAUAUUAUAUAGGAAUUGUUCCUAUACAUGUAUAAGAAAUAUGUUGGUAGUAUGAAUGUACAUGAGGAUUUGAAUUUGAUUAGAGUAAAAUCUCGUUUUUUUCGGUUAGGGGUAAUAAGCCUUUGAAAGUUUUGUCAGCUUUCAAGACUGAUGUAGAGCAGCAGUACUAUAAGGUAGUAGUUCAGUUGGACUUCACUUCA